GAGAACUAUCUUACUGAAGUUACUUAUUUAAAUUAGCUUAUGCAAAUUUGAACAGUUAAUAAUUUUAUUCAAACAAUUCAGUCUAUUAUACUGCGAAUAUUGUUGUUAUAGAUAGAAAAUUGUUAAUAAGGCCGGCAAGCAAUGAUUUCUAAAAUGUGUUGUUUUCGAAUCGUUCAAUUUCUUAUUUUAUUUCAAAUUUAUCAAAUAUCUAAUGCGAAAAAUUCAAGUCGUAAUAUUCCAACUUCAAUUAAGCACAUGCCUGAUGCACAGUUAUCAAUACUUGAUGUAAUAACCAGUUUUUUUUUCGAUAUUCGACGGCUAGAUUCUUAUAGCAAGUCAGAUGUGAAGUUCAUAGCUUUCUUAGCCAAUAAGCCCGAUGAACCUUUGGAAGCCAGCAGUGUAGUUUACGACCACAUGAAGAAAGUAAUAUUUUAUACACAUGGCUUCAAAACUGCAGAUUUGAACGAUGGUGUAAAUAUGAAAAACGCUCUAAUAGAAGGUGCAGAUGACUUUGACUGCAUAAUACUAGUAGACUGGAGAAAAGGAUCGUUGUAUGACAAUGGUUUUUGGCCAACCAUAAUGAAAACCGAUUAUGAGAUUGCAGCCAACAUUAAUGUACCUAUUGUAGCCAGAGCUAUCGCUACAUUUAUUGAUAAAUACAUAUCCAGUAAUGUCAAAUUGCACCUAAUUGGAUUCAGCCUUGGCGGUCAGGUAUCCGGUAUGGCAGCUAGAACUCUAACAGAGAACACACAGAGAAUUGUAGACCGUAUCUCAGCUCUUGACCCUGCUGGACCAAUUUUUGAAUACUCUUUAAACACCUUUGAGGUAAAUACAAAUAACACCUUACGGAAAACAGAUGCAAAGUUUGUUGAUGUUAUUCAUGGUAGUAGAGUAUUAGGGAUGAUAAAUGAAGCUGGCCACUUAGAUAUGUACAUGGAUGAAGUAGAAUGUUGGCUUCCAAUUUGCACGCACUCCAAAACUGUCCUCGUAUACAUUGCCUCGAUUAACAAAUGUUCACAAAUAACUUGUCCGACUGACGAAUUUUCGAACUCUUUAGAGUGUAAAGCUCAAAAUUCCAAUGAAUUAGCUAGUGCAGGAUAUUUAGCUGAGAAAUACAGAGGUCGUGGGAAACAUAUUGUUACCUUUUACUUGAAAUACUUCUCGUGGACGUGGCUUAAAUACUCAACGGGUCAUUGUUCCUCUAUUUUAAACGUAAAUCUACCGGCCAAAUUUAGAAUUUGCAAACAUCCACCUAACAAUGCAUUGGAAUGUAUUAACCAACCAUUUUUAACUGAAUGUUUCGAGAAUAAAGACUAUCCAAAAUCGAUUUGCACAAUAAAUGGAACUAUAUUACACACAAUGGAAGGAAUGAAACUUGUCGAAACUGAGGAUCUAGAACCACCUAGAGUGACUUGGGCUCAAACCUAUUUACCUACCAAAGAAAAUAAUGAGUGAAUUCAUAAAAUGUAUAUUUAAAUUUUAUUACUUAAAUAGAACAAUUCAAAACAUAAUACUAUUUCAUUAAAUAUUAAGAAAAAAAUGUAUACAAAAUUGUACAUAUUUUUAACUAUUUUACACAUACAAAGAUGAUUUUUAUAAAAAAAAAAAUUAUUAAAAUAUUAUCAUUUAAAUUUAGAACUGUUGACCAAAAUUAAUACAUUCCUUUCUAAAAAAUUUAUAAUACCCAACUGAUUACUUGAUACUUUAAAUUAACUAAUAAUUAUUUUUUAAUAAAUUUUUAAAAUUAUGAAAUGUGCAUACAUUUUGAAUCAACGAAAUGUUAUAAUAAACAUGAGUCAUAUUACGGGAAAUAUUAACAUAUUAUCUAAAGUACAAAGUAAAAAAUAUAAUUAACCUCCAUAGAGUUUUAAUUAGUUGAAAACAGUUGUUAUUAAGUUUUUAAUAUAGUCAGACACAUUUCUAUUAUAAUUCACUAUAGUAGAUUUGUUAAUAAUAAAACUACUUAAGUCGUUCUUUUAUUAAUUAUCAAAUAACUAAACUUCUUUGUUUUAUUAGAUAUUAUCAUAGUUGCAUUAGAUUAAAUAUAUUUAUCACGUUUUAACUACAUUUCAAAAUUCUUUUUCGAGAAACAUAAAUAUUAACUUGGUGUUAAGAAAUGGUUAUCUUUAAACUAAAUUGCAUCAAGCUAUUCGCUUGCACUCUACUUGUUCAAAUCAAUGUUAUAUCAGCAAUUAAGACAUUCACCAAUAAUAAUACAUACUGGGAAACAAACAGAGUCAUCGACUGCAAUAAACAAAAAUUAGAUCCAAUGUUACUGUGUAAUGCCAAAGUUAACUGUCUUGAUGGAAGUGAUGAAAUAAAUUGUAAAGAAUGUAAACCCAAUGCAUUUCAUUGUGACAACGAUAUUUGUAUUAAAUUUUACUUAAGAUGUGAUGGAUAUAAUGAUUGUGGAGAUGAAUCAGAUGAAAAAAAUUGUGAAG